GAUUUAUUAAUGAAAAGACUAUACCUGAGAUAUUAUCCCUCGAUCUUACUACCUCAAUGACAGCAGAUUCACCACCAUGGAAGCGGCUGAAAGUCCCACCUUUGUCAUUUGGAUGGAGCGAAGUGGUUCUUGGCGGUCUUAAUAAUAAAUAUUUACUUGUCAUUGGUGGUGAUAUGUUUGACUCGGUUAGUCAAAUUAAAAUAGUUAAUGAACAAACUCUAUUAAAAUACGAUAUUCAAGAAAAUGAAUGGAGUAGGAUAACAAUGGCUGACGCUCCCCGUGAUACAUAUUUAUUUGAUACCAUUUCGAUCACCUGGACUUUGUUACCUGCACCUCAAAUUCCAAUAUCAGGAGAUGAUUUUUCUUCUGUACUGUUAAAUGAUGGACGGUUGAUCAUCAUUGGAGGAUUUGGACCACAAGAGAAAAAAAUGUUCUCGUACAUAGACCUAUUAGCCAGUAGACAAAUUGUACCGCAACCAAAAGGAAUGACCGACCACCGUAGAUAUCAUACAUCUACACUUCUUCCAAAUGGAGAUGUUGUAAUAGUCGGGGGACUUGAUGUAACACCCAACGUUGUAAUAUUAGAAACAGCAAAAGAUCCAUUUCAAUGGAGGAUUCCAGACAUUUCUCGAAUAGAAACUCCAUUGCUUAAUAAACACUGUGCAGAACUUGUAGAAAAUAGAUAUAUAUUCAUCAUGUUUGGAAGUAAUAUGGAUAACCAAAAUAUCUAUAUACUGGAUACAGAGAAUUAUCUAUGGCGUAAAAACCGAUCGGGUCCUUUUACUACACAAUUAGAAAAUCUAGCGACGCGUUAA